AAAGACUAGAGGGGGAAACUGAUCGAGCUGGUGCGCGACCGCCCGCGCAUCAACCAUCCCCAUCUCCCUUCCGCUCGCAUUUGUUCAUUCGCACUCUUGUCAUCGAAAUAUCAAGAGCCGGACGAACAUGCAGGAACUGGAGUACUGGACGCACCAUCACCCCUCGAAGCAAUCCAACAUGGCGCCUCCGCUCGCACGUCUCCCGCCCGGAGACCUGCCGUGCGAUCCCGAUUCCUCCCAAAAUCCCUCCUCCGGAGCCAAUGCCAUGAGCCAAACACAACAACACCCGGGCCUGCGACGCAUCCGAUCCGAUCGAAAUGGAUGCGGCCGAAAAAACCCAAAAGCAGUAGCAGCCGCAGCAGCAGAUAAUCAAAGCUGAUCGAGCUAUGAAUCAUCGUCGUCGUCAUCAGCAUCAGCAUCAGCAGGCCAGCAGCAGCCGUAGCAAAUGUGAGGAAUUGGGGAAAAUCACGUUUCCGUGCAUCGUUCGAUCUCCAGUGCCUCGAGCGGUUUUCAACCAUGCCUCAUUUCCCUAGCGGCUCAAGGGUGAAGUGCACGGUGCUUGCAGUGCUGUGUGGGAAGGUAGGCAAGCAGCGGGCGCCACCUUGUCCGGUGCCUGGGUCCCAGCAGCAGCGGCCAUCGUACCCAUUCCCGGAGUUGAUCUCGUCCGGGAGGUUGGAGGUGCACACGCUGAUUAACCCUACAGUUGAUGAAUUUCUGGAGGCACAACGUGCUUUGCAACCCCGCUUCAUGUACCUCCGGGGUCAGCAGCUUGACAACGAAGAAGAAAUUGGUACACUUGUCUGGCGCGAUGCUGAUGUAUCUGAUCCACAGAUACUUAGUUCACUCAUUCGUCCGCCUUUUCCUACCAUUGUUUAUUUGGAAGUUCCAAGUGGAGAAAAGAUUGCUCAAUCUCUUCAAUCGAAGGGUAUUUCAUAUAUAAUGUAUUGGAGAUAUUCAUUAUCAUCGUAUGCAGCAUCUCAUUUUCGCCAUUCCUUGAUGUCAGUUGUUCAGAGCUCCUGUAGCCAUGCAUGGGAUGCAUUUCAGGUUGCAUAUGCUACUUUUCAACUGUAUUGUGUAAGAAAUAAUGAGGUGCAACGUCUUAUGCUUGGGCCUCAUCUACUUGGGGAUGCUCCAAGGAUAUAUAUCACCCCUCCUGGAAACGAAAUAGCCGAGGAAGAAGAUACCUCGGAAUAUUUUCCAGACAUAAAGAUAUAUGAUGAAGAUGUGAACUUGAAGCUUCUUAUUUGUGGAGCACAUUGCACCCUUGAUUCAUCUCUAUUGAACUCACUAGAGGAUGGUUUGAAUGCUCUUCUCAAUAUUGAAUUUCGAUGGUGCAAACUCCAGGAUAGAGUCAGCGCUGCUCCUCCUCUUCAUGUUGAUUCAACUCUGUUGGACGGGAUGGUUACAAUAUGUUGUGAUAUCACAACAUCUAGUUCUUCCCAUGUGUCACUGCUUCUUUCUGGCAGUCCACAGACCUGUUUUGAUGAUAAGCUUUUGGAGAAGCAUAUUAAAAAAGAACUUAUUGAGAGCCGCCAGUUAGUUCGUGUUGUCUCGGUUAGCGAGGAUGGGCCAUCUUCAGCUGAGCCGUUGACUUCAAUGUCCGUGGCUUCUGGAGCUUCCACUUUUGAAGUCUUGAUGACCUUACCUAAGUGGGCAGCACAGGUUUUGAAAUAUCUUGCUCAAGAAACAUCUUACAAAAGCCUGGUUCCACUUGGAAUUGCUUCUGUAAAUGGUACUCCAGUUUGUUCGUUCGAUAGUCAAGAUGUGGAUUGGCUUCUUUUCUUUCGCACAAUCCAAGAUGAAGCUAUUGGAACUAGUCUAUAUCCCCAUCCGCCAAGAUGGUCUGCAUCCCUUGCGAAGAACAGAGUUAAGGGAAGUAUGGUGUCAAAACCAGCUAGGUGAAGGAUACAAAGGCAGUGGCAAUUUGUAGUUGCGCAAAGGUGGUUUCUAUGCCAGAUGUUGAGAGAAUGUGCAGCUCACUUGCACAUCAACAAUAUACCAUAGCAAGGGCAAGGCUCUAUGUUGAGUGAAUCCAAACUUAUACUCCUUUGACGAACUUGUCUUGGUUUUGCUGUGGAUCUCAUUAUCUGGUUGUUGGUUUAUUAACCGCGACCAAAUUUGAAUCUUGAAAGUUGAAUUUAGAGAUGUUUUUUUUUCCAUUGUAGUGUAAGCCUAGGCUUUUAAAUCGCUUUACAUAUUCCCUUUUUUUAAUGGCUGCUUCAUUCGGUUGAUCUCUA